UCCCUAUAGAAUAACACCACUUCCAACCUCGCACCUGUCGCUCUCUGGAUACAUUUUCUAUUAGCCCUCUUAUUCCCUUUCAAUAUGACCGAUAAAAGUACCGCAGAGCAGAAGAGGAUCGAGCAAAAUCAACUUAUAAACAUGUCGACAUCGUCAGGUGAAGAAGCUCGGAGAGCAAGAGGAAAGAAGGACAUAGAGCUACCAUCUCAGCAAAUUGCCAACAAUCCAAAUAUUGGACAGGUGAUAUCUUCAGGGGAAGAGGCACAAAAAAGAAGACAGAGCAAGAAGAAGGACUAGUAGGUAAGAUAGUAAGAAUAAGACACAACAGAACGUCUUCUCACGCCACCUGGCACA